AUGGUUGAUGAGAAGGACGGAUCAACUUUCGCUGAAUUUACCAUUUUUUGGAGGUUGCCCAUCUUCAAAGCAGUUUUGCACAUUGUUGGUCUUUACAACGACAGACUUGAUGUAUACGGGCUCUUCAACGGUAUGUCAACUGAACCUACCGCUUAUAAUAAUAUUCAAAUCGAUACCAUUUUUAUCAUUCUCAAGUUGUUUGGUAUCAUCUCGAAGUCAGGAUUACAGAAUGCAACACGUGUGGGCGAGUUGGCGCUAGCCUGUUUAAUCGGUACUGUUAAGUAA